AGUUCAGGUAUAGCCCGCGCACGCGCAGAGGUAGCAGCGGAUGUUUACAGCGGCUGAAGUCCGUCCGAAGCGACCGAAGCGUCUGAAGAACUGCUCUCCGAGACUAAAUCCCAGGGCUGCUGAACGCCGAGGUUUUUAAUAUAAUCCAUGCUGGCCUGGAACUCACUGAAGAUGACCUUGAACUCCUGAACAGGAGCUGUUUUUAUUCAGAAAGUCUGCUAAUCUGUGGUUUGGUAGUCUUUCCUUCAGCAGUUUACAUCAGCAUCACCAACUUUUAAGAAAUAAAGCCAUUAGCUUGGAAAAGUCACCUGAGUCUUGCUUGGUUGUAAUCUUGAACAUGGGCGGUGCUGUGAGUGCUGGUGAGGACAACGAUGAGCUCAUUGAUAAUUUGAAGGAAGCCCAGUACAUCCGGACGGACUUAGUAGAGCAGGCUUUCCGAGCUAUUGAUCGAGCAGAUUAUUAUCUUGAAGAAUUUAAAGAAAAUGCAUACAAAGACUUGGCAUGGAAACAUGGAAACAUUCAUCUCUCAGCCCCGUGCAUCUACUCGGAGGUGAUGGAGGCUCUGGAUCUGCAGCCUGGGCUCUCAUUUCUGAAUUUGGGCAGUGGUACUGGCUACCUCAGCUCCAUGGUGGGGCUCAUUCUAGGUCCUUUUGGUGUGAACCAUGGGGUGGAGCUUCAUUCAGAUGUGACUGAGUAUGCGAAGCAAAAACUGGAUGUCUUCAUCAGAACAAGUGACAGUUUUGACAAAUUUGACUUUUGUGAACCUUCCUUUGUAACUGGUAAUUGCCUGGAGAUUGCUCCAGAUUGUUGUCAGUAUGAUCGUGUUUAUUGUGGGGCUGGUGUGCAGAAAGAACAUGAAGAGUACAUGAAAAAUCUUCUCAAAGUUGGAGGGAUCCUUGUCAUGCCCUUGGAAGAGAAGUUGACCAAGAUAACACGCACAGGCCCUUCUGCUUGGGAAACAAAAAAGAUUCUGGCUGUUUCCUUUGCCCCUCUGGUCCAGCCUUGCCGUUCAGAGUCAGGACAGUCCAGACUUGUCCAGCUACCACCACCAGCUGUACGCAGCCUACAGGACCUGGCCCGGCUUGCUAUCCGUGGCAGCAUCAAGAGGGCUAUGCGCCAGGAAGCCACCAGAGGAGGUGGCCUGAAGAACACACCUAUGUUUAAAAGAAGGCGAGUCCGUCGCCGCAGAAUGGAGACCAUUGUCUUUUUGGACAAAGAAGUUUUUGCCAGUCGAAUUUCCAACCCCUCUGAUGACACCAGCUGUGAGGAUGCAGAGGAGGAUCGGCGGGAAGUGGCAGAGAGGACCUUACGGGAGGCCAAGCCUGAGCCACCAGUGAACUUCCUUCGUCAGAGGGUACUACGCCUCCCAUUGCCUGACCCCCUGAAGUACUACCUGCUGUAUUACAGGGAAAAGUGAACUGUGGGAGAGUGGGACCAGGAUAUCCAGAGGAAACUGCUGGCCAGGUACAUGUCUUUUCCCUUUCUUGGUUCCUGUCUAUCCUCUAAAACUUUCCAUGUAAUGGUGUGAUUUAUUUAAGCACAGUCUAACAAGAAACUGCAUAGAAUUAUUUUCCUUGGGGGUGGGUAGGGUGUGCAUCUUUUUGGCUCUACAGUAACUUGAACUCAUUGGGAACUGCAUGAUGUCUGCUCCUUAUGCAGGCAGACUUUCACAUUGAGACUUGAGCUAAAUUUGAUUGGAUCCUGUGUGAAGCAAGGGGCAAGUCUGUAAAGGUGUGGAAUACCAUCACUCAGCUUGAAUUUUAUGUGAUGGUUCUGUUGCUGGCAUUGAGUUCUACUUUUGCCUUUUUCUAGGUUGGGAAAUGUUGAAAGUCCUCCCUUAUUUAAAUCAAACUAAUCAAAUAUUAUGUGAAAUAUCAACCAUAAUUUUUUAAAGGAAAAGAAAAUGAGAUGCCAAAAGAGGGAUAAUGUGUAGCCUCCCCUGACCCCUUCUGAUACUUAUAGCAACCACCAUCAAGUAAUCUCUUUUUCUGAGAGGAAAAGUUUUUCCUGAACCAUAGCAGUGAUUCAUGAGUCACUGAACUGCAAAGACCAGAACAGUUCUAAGGUAUUUACACGAGAAUUUUCAGUGCAGGUGGAGAGACUGCAGUGUUACAGAAAGCCCAUGCUUCUUGACUUCUUUGAUCAUAUUAGAAUACCAGGUCAUAGAUUUUUAUCUUUUAUAAUUCUGGGGGAAAAAUUGUUAGUUUUGUAAAUUUUCUUAAGAACAGAUAUAUGUAUUUUACUAGCUCCAUUGCAUUAGAACAGUUUAACUUAGUGACUUGUGAAGUCUAUUAUCUCCAGGCCAUGGGUGUUGAGAACUAUCAAUUUUUUUUUUUUUUUUAAAGGCAACCUUUCUGGCUGUCAGAGAGCAGGACUUGAAGUUACAUUGCUGAUUCUAAAAGCUGGCUCUUAAAAAAUAAUUUUUUUCUAGCCCAAAGAAAAGAGUAGUGUUAAUUGUUAAUAAUAAGCCCAAAUUAGAGUAUUAAUUUAGGAUUAAGUACUGAGAUUUUAUGAUUUACUUUUAGCUUAGUCUCAUGUGGCUUGCAGGGAGAAAUUUGAUAGUUCUGUGAUUUCUCCAGCUUAAAUGGGUAUUUUGGUUCUUCUUUUUUUUUUUCAAGUUAGUUGAAUCAUUUUUACCACACAUUAUAGUCUGCAUGUAUAGCUGGGAAAACAUACAAUACCCUACAUUAUAAAUAUAAUGUGCACUUACCUGACUUUAAAUAUAAGCUAUUUAAAGAAAGUUCAUAGUUGUUUUUACUUGCCUUUUAACUCCAAUUUGGGCUUCUUUUCUUUCAGAGAGAAAUGCAUGCUCUAACUUGACUUGCAAAUGUUUGUAGUUCGCAGAUCGUUCUUGAUGUUAACUCUAAUUAACUCUAACUCUUGAUGUUAGCUAGACUUUUAUGUUACCUGGAAAAUUUUGGACAUAAAAUUAAAUAAAUGAUACCUGUGAAGUUUGUAUAUUAGGUGGAUUGAUUGAAUUUUUCCUGUGAUUGAAUAUGGGCUACAUUUUGAAAAGCCACAUUUGCCUUUAUGCUGGACUUUUAAAAAAUUACAAUGCAUAAGACAUUUUCCCUUUAUAUGUUAAAAUUUUCUUAGCAUUUUGUAUUUAUUUUAUCACUUUGUGAUUUUAAACCAUAAUUCAGUGAAAUAUAGUUGUAACAAGUGAGAAAUAGAUUGGCCUUUAUCUUAUACUACCAGGGAAAAUUUAAAUUUUCUCAUAAACACUUUGCUGCCAGAAUUCAUUUUAUACCAAUGAUAUAUACAAUAAUAUCCCACAUUCUUGUUUUCAGACUAAUAAGUCUUAAUAUAGUCAAAUGUUUGUCUUCAGGAUCUGUAUUGUAAACAAAAUGCUGACAAUGGCCAUGUUUUAAGGAGUGGGUAUUUUUAAACAUGUGACUUCUGUUGUAAUAUAAGAAUCAAAGUUGUACAUAAAAAUAGAUUUAAAACUCAAGAAAUUAGAAACACUGAUUUUUUUUUAAUGAGGUAAAACAUGGGUAAAAACAAAUGAAUCAAUAAAAAAGUGUUAAGACAUUUUAUUCUAAGUA